AUGAAGCGCACAGUAGGUGAAUCGUCGUCGUCGUCGUCUUCUUCUUCUCCUCAGGCGACGUCUUCUUCUUCUUCUCAGGCGACGUCUUCUUCUAACGUCUCCGCCGCAUCCGCCGCCGCCAUUGCCAACUCUCCUAUCGGAAGCGUCGAGUUUACCACUGACAGUAAUGGUUUGGAGAAGGUGAUUCUCCGUGGGCCCCGUCGCAGUUCCGCUGAGGUGUUGUUGUACGGAGGUCAGGUGUUGUCUUGGAAGAAUAAAUUGGGAGAGGAAUUGCUUUUUGUGAGCACAAAGGCUGUGUUUGCGCCUCCGAAGCCAAUUCGCGGGGGAAUUCCGAUAUGCUUUCCUCAAUUUCUCAACAAUGGUAUGAUAGAGCGACAUGGAUUUGUGAGGACGAGAUUCUGGAGAAUCGAUUUGGAUCCCCCUCCUCUCCCUACCGCUGCACCUUGCAGCUCUUACAUCGACUUGAUUCUCGACGAACAAGAUCGCUGGACAUGGCCUCACAAAUAUGAAUUUCGUCAUAGGGUUGCUUUGGGCUACGAAGGGGAGCUGCGAUUGACAUCGCGUAUCAGAAACAUAAGGCCCUCUGGAAAGCCGUUUUCCUUUACUUUUGCUUACCUUCCCUAUUUGUUUGUUUCUGACAUAAGUGAAGUACGUGUGGAGGGAGUGGAGACGCUCAACUAUCUUGACCACUUGCAGGAAAAGGAGCGUAUAACUGAACAAGCAGAUGCUAUAACAUUUGAAUCAGAGGUGGAUAAGGUAUAUGUAUUAACCCCAACAAAGAUAGCAAUUUUGGAUCACGAAAGAAAGAAAACCAUUGAACUGCGGAAAGAUGGGCUUUUAGACGCGGUUGUGUGGAAUCCAUGGGACAAGAAGGCAAAGGCGAUAGAAGACUUAGGAAACCAAGAUUACAAGAAAAUGGUUUGUGUGGGAGCUGCUGCUAUUGAGAAUUACAUCACACUGAAACCUGGAGAAGAGUGGAAAGGAAGAAUGGAACUUAACUUUGUUCCUUCUAGCUACUGUAGCGGCCAACUUGAUCCCCAGAAAGCCCUCUUAGGUGUUUAAGUAGUUCUUCAUCAUCAAAUCCGAUCCCAAUUGCAAGAUUCGUUCUCUCUCUCUCUCUUUUCUCCUUCACAUGGUGGAAGAAAUUGAAGCGAAAUAGUAAUGGUGAUGGAAGUUUUGAGAUUUUGAGGAGAAGGCAAAUACAACGAAGAAUCUUUAGGAUUUGGUACAUUUCUUCUGUCUGUUUUAGUGUUUAAUAAAGACGAAAAGAGAAUUGAAUGAAGAAAUAUAGUUUUGAUCUAA